AUGGGUGGCUGCUUCUCCAAGCCCAAGCCAGUGGAGCUCAAGAUUGAAGUGGUGCUUCCAGAGAAGGAACGGAGCAAAGAGGAGCUGGCGGCCAGCACCAAGGGCAGUCCCCGGGCUUACCAGGGCAACAGCACAGCCCGCCACUUCCAUGCUGAGGAGCGACUGCCCAGCCCACAUCCCUACCCUGGCGCCCAGGAUUACGUGGAGGCAGCUGUCUGUCACAUCAAGGACCUCGAGAAUGGCCAGAUUCGAGAGGUGGAGCUGGGCUGGGGGAAGGUGCUACUGGUGAAGGACAAUGGCGAAUUCCACGCCCUGGGCCACAAGUGUCCACAUUACGGGGCACCCCUGGUGAAAGGUGUGCUGUCCCGCGGCCGGGUGCGCUGCCCUUGGCAUGGAGCCUGCUUCAACAUCAGCACCGGGGACCUGGAGGACUUCCCAGGCCUGGACAGUCUGCACAAGUUCCAGGUGAAGAUUGAGAAGGAGAAGGUGUAUGUGCGGGCCAGCAAGCAGGCCCUGCAGCUGCAGCGAAGGACCAAGGUGAUGGCCAAGUGUAUCUCGCCAAGUGCUGGCCACAGCGGCAGCACCAAUGUGCUCAUUGUGGGCGCAGGCGCAGCUGGCCUGGUGUGCGCUGAGACCCUGCGGCAGGAGGGCUUCUCCGACCGAAUCAUCCUGUGCACGCUGGACCGGCAUCUUCCCUAUGACCGGCCCAAGCUCAGCAAGUCCCUGGAUGCACAGCCGGAGCAGCUGGCUCUGAGGCCAAAGGAAUUCUUCCGCACCUAUGGCAUCGAGGUGCUCACCGAGGCCCAGGUGGUUACUGUUGAUGUGAAGAAUAAGAAAGUAGUUUUCAAGGAUGGCUUCAAACUGGAAUACAGCAAGCUGCUGCUGGCACCGGGGAGCAGCCCAAAGACCCUGAGCUGCAGGGGCAAGGAGGUGGAGAAUGUGUUCACCAUCCGGACCCCCGAGGAUGCCAACCGCGUGGUGAGGCUGGCAUGGGGCCGCAAUGCUGUCAUCGUGGGAGCUGGAUUCCUGGGAAUGGAGGUGGCUGCCUACCUGACUGAGAAGGCCCAUUCAGUGUCUGUGGUAGAGCUGGAGGAGACCCCUUUCCGGCGGUUCCUGGGAGAGCGUGUUGGUCGGGCCCUCAUGAAGAUGUUUGAGAACAACCGGGUGAAGUUCUACAUGCAGACGGAAGUAUCUGAACUUCGGGCCCAGGAGGGCAAGCUGAAGGAGGUCGUGCUGAAGAGCAGCAAGGUGGUACGGGCAGAUGUCUGCGUGGUGGGCAUCGGUGCGACACCGGCCACUGGCUUCCUGAGGCAGAGUGGCAUCUCUCUGGACUCCCGAGGCUUCAUCCCAGUCAAUAAGAUGAUGCAGACCAGUGUUCCAGGUGUGUUUGCAGCUGGAGAUGCUGUCACGUUCCCCCUCAUCUGGAGGAACAACAGGAAAGUGAACAUCCCACACUGGCAGAUGGCACAUGCCCAGGGACGGGUGGCUGCCCAGAACAUGCUGGCACAGGAGGCAGAGAUCAGCACAGUGCCCUACCUCUGGACUGCCAUGUUUGGCAAGAGCCUGCGCUAUGCAGGUUAUGGAGAAGGAUUCGAUGAUGUCAUCAUUCAGGGGGACCUGGAGGAGCUCAAGUUUGUGGCUUUUUACACCAAAGGUGAUGAGGUGAUUGCUGUGGCCAGCAUGAACUACGACCCUAUCGUGUCCAAGGUGGCUGAGGUGCUGGCCUCGGGCCGAACCAUCCGGAAGCGGGAAGUGGAGCUGUUUGUGCUGCACAGCAAGACUGGCGACAUGUCCUGGCUCACAGGGAAAGGAUCCUGA